CGGGGCGGAGCGGGGCGGCCGCUCGCCUUCCCCCGGCCCCGGGUCCGCGAGAGCCUCUUCCGGGCGGCGGGGCGAGGGGCGGUGCGGAGCCGGCAGCGGGCAGCGGCCGCGAGUUUUCGAAGAUGUCUGCAGAUAUACCAUUAAAUAUUAAUAUCAAGGAGCCCCGAUGGGAUCAAAGCACUUUCGUUGGACGAGCCAGUCACUUCUUUACUGUAACAGACCCCCGGAACAUUUUGUUAUCUGAUGCCCAGCUGGAAAAUGCAAGACAAAUUGUGCAUGAUUACAGGCAAGGUAUCGUGGCACCUGGGUUGACUGAAAAUGAAUUGUGGAGAGCAAAAUAUAUCUAUGAUUCAGCCUUUCAUCCAGACACUGGUGAAAAGAUGGUCUUGAUUGGCCGAAUGUCAGCUCAGGUACCCAUGAACAUGACUAUCACAGGUUGUAUGAUGACCUUUUAUAGAACGACACCAGCGGUGGUUUUCUGGCAGUGGAUUAACCAGUCCUUCAAUGCUAUAGUAAAUUACACGAACAGGAGUGGUGAUGCCCCAAUUACCGUCAGCCAGCUGGGAACAGCCUAUGUUUCUGCUACCACAGGUGCUGUUGCAACAGCUUUAGGACUGAACGCACUAACAAAGCAUGUCUCACCUCUUAUAGGACGAUUUGUUCCUUUUGCUGCUGUUGCUGCUGCUAACUGCAUUAAUAUUCCACUAAUGAGACAAAGGGAACUAAAGUUUGGAAUCCCCAUCACAGAUGAGAACGGAAACAGACUGGGUGAAUCAACAAAAGCAGCUCAACAGGCAAUUACUCAGGUGGUUAUAUCAAGGAUUCUUAUGGCUGCUCCUGGCAUGGCAAUUCCUCCGUUUAUAAUGAACACAUUGGAAAAGAGAGCAUUUUUGAAGAGAUUUCCGUGGAUGAGCGCUCCCAUUCAAGUUGGAUUAGUUGGAUUCUGUCUUGUGUUUGCAACACCCCUGUGUUGUGCGCUGUUUCCUCAAAAAAGUUCUAUGUCUGUAACACGCUUGGAACCAGAAUUGCAAGCCAAGAUCCAGGAGAAUUGCCCUGAACUAGAACGCGUAUACUUUAAUAAAGGACUAUAAUUCAAGGAGGGGAGAAUAUCUGUCAAGGAGGACCUUGAACUUAUUUUUGAAUUGUGUGCCAACAUAGUUGAAAAGGAGAAUUCACUUUUAACUGAUCCUUUUGUUAAACAACUUUGAUCAUCUACAUUAUUUUACAUUUUAAAACUUUCCUUGUUGUAGUGUUUACAUUACAAAAGGUCAUUUUGUCCACUUUGGUAUUGAUUAAAAGUUUAACCAUACAUAUCCAAAAAA